AACAGUUAGAAACAUCCAAAAUGUGGCAUCUGGUGUGUGGACGGGAGCGUAGCUGUGUGUCAGAUUUUGGAGGGCUCCGUAACCUUUGAGGAUGUGACCGUUUGCUUCUCAGAGGAGGAGUGGGGGCUCCUUGAUGAGGCUCAGAGGCUCCUGUACUGCGAUGUGAUGCUGGAAAACUUUGCACUUAUAGCCUCACUGGGGCUUAUAUCUUUCAGGUCCUACAUUGUUUCCCAGCUGGAGAUGGGGAAAGAGCCCUGGGUGCCUGACAGUGUGGAUAUGACUUCAGCCAUGGCCAGGGGGGCUUAUGGCAGGCCUGGCUCUGAUUUUUGCCAUGGAACAGAGGGCAAGGAGUUCCCUUCUGAGCAUAAUGUUUCUGUGGAAGGAGCGGCACAGGACAGGAGUCCUAAGCCAGCUCUGUGCCCCAAGAAGACCUGCCCCUCUGACAUAUGUUGCCUGUGCUUGAAAGACAUCUUGCAUUUGGCUGAACACCAGGCAGCACAUCCCAGGCAGAAACCAUUUGUGUGUGAGGCAUAUGUGAAAGGCUAUGAGUUCAGUGCAAACCUUGCCCAGAAACAGGUGCAGCAGAAUGUACACAGCCCCAUUGGAAGGGAGGAGGACCAGGUUUUGCCUGUGGAGACCAACGGAGACCACACAUCAGAGCAGCUUUUCACCUGCAGGGAGGGCGGGAAGGACUUUGUGGCCAGAGCAGGGUUUCUGCAGCAUGAUGUCACUCCCAGCGAUGGGGAGCCACAUAAGGCCACUGAAGGUGUGGUGGAUUUUCACACCACACAGAGGCAUAACAAGUGCCGUGAAUCUGGGGAUGCCAUCAAUGACAAAUCCACUCUUGUUCAGCACCAGAGAAUCCACAGCAGAGAAAGGCCUUAUGAGUGCAGCAAAUGUGGAAUCUUCUUCAGUUACGCCGCUGGCCUCAUCCAGCACCAGAAAGUUCACAAUAGAGGAAAACCGUAUGAGUGCUGCGAAUGUGGGAAAUUCUUCAGCCAGCACUCCAGCCUCGUUAAACAUCUCAGGGUUCACACUGGUGAAAGCCCUCACGUGUGCGGUGACUGUGGGAAGUUCUUCAGCCGAAGCUCCAACCUCAUCCAGCACAAGAGGGUUCACACUGGUGAAAAGCCAUAUGAGUGCAGUGACUGUGGGAAGUUCUUCAGCCAGCGUUCUAACCUCAUUCAUCAUAAGAGGGUUCACACGGGCAGAAGUGCCCAUGAGUGCAGUGAAUGUGGGAAAUCCUUUAACUGCAACUCCAGCCUGAUUAAACAUUGGAGAGUUCACACUGGAGAAAGACCUUACAAGUGCAACGAAUGUGGGAAAUACUUCAGCCACAUCGCCAGCCUCAUUCAGCAUCAGAUAGUUCACACUGGUGAGCGGCCUCACGGGUGCAGCCAGUGCGGGAAAGCCUUCAGCCGAAACUCAGACCUCAUGAAACAUCAGCGAGUUCAUACCGGUGAGCGGCCUUAUGAGUGCAACGAAUGUGGAAAGUUGUUUAGCCAGAGCUCCAGCCUCAAUAGCCAUCGGAGACUUCACACUGGCGAACGGCCCUACCAGUGUAGUGAAUGUGGGAAAUUCUUUAACCAAAGCUCCAGCCUCAAUAACCACCGGAGACUUCACACCGGCGAGCGGCCUUAUGAGUGCAGCGAAUGUGGGAAAACCUUUAGGCAGAGGUCCAAUCUGAGGCAGCACCUGAAAGUUCACAAACCAGAUAGGGCUUAUGAGUGCAGUGAAUGUGGGAAAGCCUUCAGCCAAAGGCCUACCCUCAUUCGGCAUCAGAAGAUUCAUACCAGAGAAAGGAGCAUGGAGAAUGUGCUCCAUCCCUGUUCAAAGCAACAGCACACAGCAGAGAUAAGCUGUGAGAACAGACCUUAUGAGGGUGCUGUCAACUACAAGUCGAACCUUUUUCAUCCAAGUACCCACCCUGGGGAGGUUCCCUAGGAAUGCUAGCUAUGUUGGAAGCUUUCUGGAGCCAAGUUACAUUCUCUUACCAUGGAUUUUAUCAGCAUUUUUUCACUGCUGGGGUUGUGAUAGAAGCCACAUCAGCACCACACACUGCAGCUCUCCAGAGAGUAUGUUGACCACUCCACUGUGCUCAGGGAAGGCAGACCUCUCCUCUCUCUUUCCAAUCCCUAAAGGGAAUUGGGAGUAGUCUGAAGCCAUGGGGAGAUGUCAUUCCCACCCUUGAUGUCUGGUUUAGCUGUGGACAUGAUCAGCCUUUGGCUGUGAAGACCUGAGCAGGGUUCUGCUGACAGCUUGUUCUAGAGAAGGUUUUCCUUUCUCUGGGACACUGUUGGUCUCGUGUUAUGCCUGUGAUGGAUUUGUCCAGCCUUCAUGUUACUCAGUGCAACAACUUAUCUCCUGUGUAUCACCCUGGUUUGUGCAAUGAUAAAGGCCUUAUAAUAAAGCUGCCUUUAAUCUUCCAUGGUCUGAUCACUGUGUAGGGUGGUUCAAGAACAG